CUCGAGGCCGACAUGACUGUCACUCGCUGCUCGCUUUCCGCCCUCGUAUCUGUCUUUGCAAACACGCUUUGGACGCUCACCGGAGUUCACGGGCGUGAUACGCGAUGGGUAAAUGCGCUGACGGCAAUGUUGCCUUGCUGGCAGCUCGCCGUUGUCGUCCACCAUAUAAAUCUCUGACCUGACGCACCAGGCUGCAAAACGACUCGCAACGAUGACCUGGAGCCUACCCGCAGAGCUCGACGACAUCAUCAUCGACUACUUCCAUGAUGACCCCGCCACUUUGGCUACAUGUGCCCUCGUGCAAAGAUCAUGGGCCCCACGAGCCCGACACCACUUCUGGCGCGAGCUGCACCUGACAUGCACGAGAGAGGAGCUGGAGAAGGUGGGAAGCAUGCUCGACAAGUCGCCCGACAUCGCGUUCCAUGUCCGCGACGUCGUGCUCUCUCAGAAGAAGGGCGAGAUGUGCCAAUGGUACGACCUCCAUCUCCUGCACUCCGCAUUGUACAUCCUCGCCCGCUUCCCGUCCUUGACCUCUGUCAAGUUCGACGGCCUCUGGUUCGGCGCACCGAAAGACAGCGAGAACACGCCGCAUCGCCUCACAUUCCCCACCGUCCGUCGCCUCUGUGUUAGCACCUGCACCUUCGACGCCUUCGACGACGUCCAGCAGCUCUGCGCCGUUUUCCCCGCCCUCUCCCGCCUCCAGUUCGACGGUGUCUGGUGGGGUCGCUGGGCCGCGGACAAAGGCUUUGCGAGCGGCGACAAGCAGGGCGCAAAACCUCUCAUGCUGCGCGAGCUCGACCUUGGCAGCUGCUUCUCGCGCGAUCGCGUGAUCGACUGGCUGCUCGCAACGCUCCCCGAACCAUCCGUCGAACGCCUCCGUCUUCCACUCGUGGGCGCGUACGACACCCGCCUGCGCGAUCUUCUGCAGUUUGUCGGCCCAUCGCUGCAACAUCUCGAGCUUGGCUCGCCGAGCUCGUCCACCAUCCGCACGAGAACUGGCGUUGAGGAAAAGCCUCUUGCGACGUACCUUGACAUGUCGCACAACACGGGAUUGCGCACCAUACAGCUGGGCGUGCCCACGUACCGCGAUGCGUCGUACAUCUCGCUUUGGCUCAAGACUAUUCUCGGUCAGGUCGCCUCGCCGCUUGAAGAAGUGCGCUUUGCGGUCUACCCCAUCCUCAAGGGCGACGCUCCAGAAGCGAAGAACAUGCUCCGCGCGUUUGCGUGGAAGGACCUCACGUCCGUCCUCCAAAAAUCGCAGUUUGCGAAGCUCAAGCGGGUCGUAUUCGUCUCCGGGAGGUCGAAGGACUACUUGAACGUACCUGGUGCAUUCAUUGCGCUACAGCCGCUCCUGCGCAAGAUCAUGGUCCCUGAAUUCGCUCCCUUGACGAAGCAGGGAGUUGAGAUUGCUUUCGAAGAUGUUUGA